CUGCGCGCCGGCCCCACACAUUACGGUAACACGGCGCGCUCCGUCCAUUACGGUAAACAGUGGAAACAGGAAGUGAGCGCCAACAGAAGCGGCGCAGUGUUGCUGCUCUGAAGACCAAGAUGAAGUUCGUGCUGAAAUGACUGAAAGUGGCGCUCAGCUGUUUGCUCGUCUGGAGCCUCGUCGCUGUCUGAAGGACAUCGAACCUCGUCUGUUUCCUGAAGACGGAGGACCCGACCAUGGUGAGGUGGUGGAGCUGUAUGGAACAGAGGGCACAGGUAAGACGGAGCUGCUCUACCACCUGCUGUGUCGCUGUGUGUUGCCGGCGGUGACCGGCGGUCUGGAGGUGGACGUUGUGUUCGUGGACACUGACUACAGUCUGGACAUGUUACGACUGGUCAGCAUCCUGGACAGCAGACUGAACGCAGCUCGCUCUACCGUCUCGCCCUCAGCAGCUUCAGACGAGGCGGCGUUGCGUUCGUGUCUGUCUCGCCUCCUGGUCGUCCACUGCUCCUCCUCCUCCCAGCUCCUCCUCACCCUCCACUUCCUGCAGACCUCCUUGUCGUCGCGGCCCAGCCUGGCGCUCCUCCUCAUCGACAGCAUCUCUGCUUUCUAUUGGCUGGACCGCUGCGAGGGCGGGGCCAGCUUCACCAGGCAGGAAGAGAAGCUCAGCAAGUGUGCAGAGCUGCUAGGCCGACUGCUCAGGGAUUACAGAAUCACUGUCUUUGCCACCUGCCACGCCAUCAGGAGGAGCUCCAGUGGACCCUCCUCCUCCUCCUCCUCCUCCUCCUCUGAGCAUGACCGGCCGUACCUCUGUCGCCCCUGGCAACAGCUGGUGACCCAUCGGCUGCUGUGCUCCAGGCAGGAGGCAGCAAACAACAUGGCCGCUGCAGCAGGAGGAAGCAAGGAGCAGAGGAGACGGCAGGUCUUUACCGUCCACUGCACCUCCUCCUCCUCCUCCUCCUCCUCCUCCUCCUCCAGGACGAAGGCUUACAGAAGCAGCUCCUUCUACGUGACAGAUGGAGGAGUGGAGUUUAUCUGAACUGUGGCUGGACAGUAAACAUCAGGUCGUUCUCUGCAGGUGAAACUUGUUUUUCCAGAUUGUAAAUGAAGAGCCGGCCCUGUACGUGUUGUUGUUGUUUUGAUUUCUUUUGAAAAAGUAGUCCUUUAUAUGUUUGGGUUACUGGAUACAUACAUUUGUCAAAGUUGAAUAAACGUGUGUUGGGACCCAG